AUGUCUACUCAAAUUGUCCUGGCUCUCACUGAGAUUGGAAAGCCCCUGACAAAGGUAUCUCUCCGUGGCCCCGACACAUUUGAGCUCGCGGCCAAUGAAGUCCUUAUCAAACUCAUAGCCACCGGAUCACUUACUGCAGUGGCACCCUUCGAUCAAAAACUUCGCGAUAGGGGAUUGAUGAACAUCGGCCAAAGCCUGCCCGCAGUGCUGGGUGGUGACUUAGUCGGCACAGUUGUAAGGACGGGGACAGACAUGACUGAAACUUUCCCGAAUGGUUCUCAGAUAUUCGUCCAAAUGAUGGCCUUGCCGAGAGGAGGUUUGCAAAGCUACACAGUAGUCGAUGGAACCUAUGCAGCGAUUGUCCCACCAAGUAUCCCGGCGACCGAAGCAGCACUCUACCCUAUCAAUGCUGUUACCAUCGCCUUGGCUUUGUUCACGCCAGCUGGACUUGGGCUACCAUUCCCCGGAACCCCAGAAUCCGCCAAUUUCGAUUAUGCCAGCCAGAAGAUUGUCAUCAUCGGCGGCGGCUCAAAUACUGGGAAGCUAGCGAUCCAAUUUGCACGGAUUGCAGGCAUCGGCACGAUCAUUACCACGGCGUCAGCAUCGAACAGCGCCAUCUUGAAAGAUUUCGGAGCGACCCACGUCAUUACUAGACAGGAUGCAGACGCAGACUCGCAGAUCCGCAAGAUCGUCGGCGAUGACUUGGUACACGCACUGGACACCGUCUCAGCUGGCGGCUACAACCUGGCUCUGUCGGUCCUCUCAGACACCCAGCGCGGAACACUCGUCCGUCUCACUCGCGGCCCAGUGGAUGAGGCAGCCCUCGCCCAGAAGAAGGCGGGCGUGCAGGAUAAACAUGUUGUCGGCUUCUCCGCGGCGAUCCCGGCUUUUGGGGCGUUGUUUUGGAAGGUGUUCCCGACUUGGUUGGAGAGCGGUUUGGUCAAGCCGCUGCCUUAUAAGGUUAUUGAGGGCUUGGAUGUCGAUAAGGUGAAUGCUGCUCUUGAUCAGUAUCGGGAUGGGACGGGCUCGGAUCGAUAUCAUGUCAAGUUCUCUUGA